AUGGCAAUCCCUAGGCUCGCCACUGCGCGAAUCGCGCGAAGUGCCCGUGUCUCCGUCCCCGGCCUGCAGAACUCCCGAGCGUACCUGCAGCUGCGAACCAAGACGACGGCGCCGUUUCGUCUCCCCGACGAGCGCAAUGAGCCCAAUCUAGACUACCGCCGCGGCUCCCUCGAGCGUCAAAAGGUCGAGGAGGCGCUCACCCGCAUGCGCUCCUCCCUCCCGCUCAAGAGCCAAAUCCACUACAGCGGGCGCGCCCAGGAAGCGCCGCGCUCCCUGGACCAGGUCCUCCCCGCGGAGCACGGCACCGUCUUCACAAACUAUCCGCUUGCCUCGCGCGCGCAGGUCGCCGACGCCAUCGCCGCCGCGCUCGCCGCCAAGCGCGACUGGGAGAACACGCCGUUCGUAGACCGCGCGGCCGUGUUCCUCCGCGCUGCGGAGCUCGUUGCCGGCAAGUACCGGUACGAGCUCGUGGCUGCGACUAUGCUUGGCCAGGGCAAGAACGUGUGGCAGGCGGAGAUUGAUGCUGCGGCCGAGCUGGCCGACUUUUUCAGGCUGCACUGCAACUACGCCGCCGACAUCCUGGGCAGGCAGCCGACGCGCGGAUCAGACGGCAUCUGGACGCGCACCGAGUAUCGCCCACUCGAAGGGUUCGUCUACGCCGUAUCGCCAUUCAAUUUCACGGCUCUUGGUGGCAGCCUCGUUUCGGCACCCGCUCUCAUGGGCAACGUCGUGUUGUGGAAACCGUCACAGUACAACAUCUACGCCAGCGCGAUCGUCUACAAGAUCCUCCUCGAGGCAGGGCUGCCCCAGGACGUGAUCCAGUUCGUCCCAGGCGACGCCGUCGAGGUCACGGACGAGGUCCUUGCGCACCGCGACUUUGCCGGGCUUAACUUCAUCGGCUCUUCGGACGUGUUCCGGUCUAUCUACGCCAGGAUCGGCCAGGGCAUCGGCAACAAGACAUACCGCGAGUUCCCCCGCGUCGUGGGCGAGACGAGCGGCAAGAACUUCCACCUGCUCCAUCCGUCAGCCGACAUCCCCAGCGCCGUGAACCACACCAUUCGCGGCGCCUUUGAAUAUCAAGGACAAAAGUGCUCUGCCACGUCGCGCGUCUACGUGCCGCAGUCGCGCGCUGCCGAGUUCAUCUCCGGCCUCAAGGCAGGGGUUGAGAAGAUCACCAUCGGAAGCCCCGAGAAGGAGUUUGAGGCGUUCAUGGGUCCCGUUAUCCACAAGAACUCCUUCGACAAGAUCAAGUCCAUCAUUGACGCUGGCAACAAGGACCCCUCGCUGAAGCUGCUGGCCGGUGGCACGUACGACGGUUCGGUCGGCUACUACGUGAACCCCACCGUGUACCAGGCGCAGUCUCCGGACCACAAGCUCUUCAACCAAGAGAUUUUCGGUCCCGUGCUGGCGCUCUACGUGUACAAGGAUGAGGACUGGAGCUCGAUGCUGAAGAGCGUGGAUGAGAACGGAGGUGGACUUGCGCUGACGGGCGCCGUCUUUGCUACGGAUCGCAAGGCCAUACGAGAGGCCGAAGACACUCUUCGCUACUCAUCCGGAAACUUCUACAUCAACUGCAAGACCACGGCGGCCCUGAUCGGCCAGCAGACGUUUGGCGGUGCUCGGGCGAGCGGCACGAACGACAAGGCGGGUAGCCCGGAUGUUUUGAGGCGGUUCACAAGCCCGCGGACCAUCAAGGAGGAGUUUAGCCCGCUGGAUCGGUUCACCUACCCUAGUAAUGAGUAG